AUGGCCGAACAACGAGUGAACGUCCACAUUCCUUCCAGGCCCUCCGUGCUCGACAGCGUCCGCCUCCGCAACAUCCAACUCCCCCUCCCCGCAGCACCAGACCCAUGGCACCGCCCCGGUAAACCCCAGCCCUGCACUGCAUCCCUAAAGCUCUCCUACUCUUCUGCCGUGGCAGCCGCCGAUGCCGACGAUGUAUCCCUCUCCAUCGAUUACGGGAAGCUCUCCCGCCGGCUAGAAGAAGAUAUCCGCAACAUGACCGCGAGUAACAAGCACAGCGGAGCCCCUCACCCGCCUCCAGGCCACCACAUGAUCAGCGUCGAGGGAAGCCGGCGCGAGGAGAUGCUCGGCGCGGACGCCGGCGAAGACGUGCGCCUGACCGCGGGGGUUGUCGCGAAUUGCGCACUCGGACUGCUUGAGGAGACAGCGGCUGGGGUACGGCGGAUGGCGCACGUGCAUCAGACUCGGCGGCGAAGCAGUGCAUCUGCAUCUGUGCCUGCGCCUGCAGCCCCAAAUAACAAUAACCCGGCCUCGUUGUCGUCGUCUGGUGGGCCUAUUGAUGACGUCUACGGGCAGUGUGAGGUCUGGCUGCAUUUGCCGAAGGCGUUGCUUCGUGCAGAGAAUGGGCUUCACUAUCGCAGUUCUACAGUGUGGGGAUAUAGAAAUGGAGGUGUGACUGGUGGGGAUCUGGCUAGUGGAUCAGACCGGUGUCCUGUGGUCUUGGAGGAGGAGUUCAAGAUCGAGGGGAUUAGGUGCUACUGUAUUCUUGGGGUAAACUCGCAUGAGCGGGUUGAGAAGCAGGCUGUGAUCAUCUCGUUAGAAUUCAGGGGGCCUGGACAGUUGGCUUGGGGGUCGACUGUGGUGGAUACGUAUCAGGCUAUGACGAGGGCUGUUGCUGAACGCGUGGAAGAGACUUCAUUCCAGACGGUCGAGGCACUGGCGACGUCUGUAGCCCGUAUUGUGACGGUGGACUUUGCUAAUGAGCGAGUGACGGUAAGAGUUGAAAAACCGAGCGCGCUGGCAUUUGUGGAGGCCUCUGGGGUGGAAGUUACCCGGUCUCAAGCGUUCUUUGAGAGGUCAACAUGA